GGUAAGUUAGUUCUGAUGCUACGGGUAACAGACUUGUGCAAAAUCACGACCUGCAGCUUAUUCCUGGACAACUGGUGGUUCUCGGCACACCUGUCGGACCUGCUCUUUCAUGCUGGACAGAUGGAGGCUAGCCAUGCAGAGUACGCCAGUGAAUUGAGGGAGCACCUGAUCCUGGAGUAUGCGUCGUCCCUCAUGACGCAUCACAGCCUCUGGCAGGUUGGUGUUGGCUACCUGGAUCAUUGCCCGCGACGUGGAAGGGAGUACUUGGAAGCCUUUAUCGAGCACAUCCCACUGAAAACCCAGGCACAAGUUAAGGUUGUCGAAAUACUGGAGCGCAGGGAAAUGCCAGCAGUCAAGGACAUCUGCCAGACACUGGCAGUUCGUAUGGCGAAGAAGGGCCAGCUGGGAAUUGCGCUGACCUGGGCCAUGCGUUGCAAGAAUCCAAUAUUAACAUCAAGACUGGCAGACCAGUUCUUGGCUGAGUACAGUGAACGACGGGAACUGCCCUGCCUGGACUUGCUUGAGAACAUGGGCGAAAGCAUGUUGUUCAGUGACCGCCUGACAUUCCUUGCCAACUACCGGGAGUUCCAGCGCAAGCCCCCUGGCCAGACAGCUGCACGGCUUCUAACUGACCUCAUCGACUCGCAGCUUGCACCUCACUUUUUGUGGCCUCGUCUUCUCCGGGACGCAAUUCACACGCUGUCGGACUCAACGGAGAUUCUGCUGGAUAUGAAUCAGGUGGUGCAGUUGUUGAGUUGCCUGGAGGCAGUUUCUGCAGGAAGCACAGCAUCUGGAAAUACCAUUGAUGUGCCAGAAUCGCAACAGAACUGGACAAAGACUGAAGAAAAGGAGCUUCGACGACUACUUUCUCACCAUCUGGUACAAGCAAUCACAAAGGAAGCCAGUGCACCACCCUGAGCACAGAACAGACCCUUCAGCUCAUUUCAAAUUGUUAACAUUUUUAGUGAAGCGCCAUUUAUAUGAACAGAUGAUGAAAUUUCAUUUAUUGCCGUGAAUAAAGUGGGAAUCAAGCCUG